CGCAAAAUGGCGGACGGAGAGCUGAACGUGGAUAGUCUGAUCAGCCGACUGCUGGAGGUACGAGGAUGCCGCCCAGGGAAGAUUGUGCAGAUGACAGAGGCAGAAGUGCGAGGGCUCUGUAUAAAGUCCCGGGAGAUCUUCCUCAGUCAGCCAAUCCUGUUGGAGUUGGAAGCUCCGCUGAAGAUCUGUGGUGAUAUCCACGGACAGUACACGGAUUUACUGCGGCUGUUUGAAUACGGGGGCUUUCCGCCAGAAGCCAAUUACCUCUUCCUGGGGGAUUAUGUGGACAGAGGGAAGCAGUCACUGGAAACCAUCUGCCUGCUGCUGGCAUAUAAAAUCAAAUACCCAGAAAAUUUCUUCCUGCUCAGAGGGAACCAUGAGUGUGCGAGCAUCAACCGGAUCUACGGGUUCUACGAUGAAUGCAAACGGAGGUUUAACAUUAAACUGUGGAAGACAUUUACAGACUGCUUCAAUUGCCUGCCUAUCGCUGCCAUCGUGGAUGAAAAGAUUUUCUGUUGCCAUGGAGGUCUGUCACCAGAUCUCCAGUCCAUGGAACAAAUCCGCAGAAUCAUGAGACCAACAGAUGUUCCAGACACAGGGUUGCUGUGUGACUUACUGUGGUCAGAUCCAGAUAAAGACGUGCAAGGCUGGGGUGAGAAUGAUCGUGGUGUUUCCUUCACAUUUGGGGCAGACGUCGUUAGUAAAUUCCUGAAUCGCCACGAUCUAGAUCUGAUCUGUCGAGCCCAUCAGGUGGUAGAAGAUGGGUAUGAAUUCUUUGCCAAGCGCCAGCUGGUCACGCUCUUCUCUGCUCCCAAUUAUUGUGGAGAGUUUGAUAACGCCGGGGGCAUGAUGAGCGUCGAUGAGACCUUGAUGUGCUCUUUUCAGAUUUUGAAACCAUCAGAAAAGAAAGCAAAAUACCAAUAUGGGGGACUGAACUCCGGCCGCCCAGUGACGCCUCCUCGGACAGCCAACCCUCCAAAGAAGAGGUGAAGCGGAAACCCGCCGGAUGAAGCACCAUGUGAUCUCCAUCAAGACAAACUCCACCUUAUAAUAAGUGUGCACUGUAAAAUCACCCAGCCAUUCUGACCCCCCUAUUACAAUAUCACAUGCAUUUACCUUCCUGAGACAGGUAAACGAUUCCCAACUUUAAAAAAAAA